ACAUAAACCCAAUUUCUCGGAUCUGGGAUCUUCGUAAUCCGGCAAAGUCUAUGAGCUGCAGUUGUUGUUGAUCCAUCUUUUGUGAUUCGAAUCACAGAGGAUCGGCAAUGGAGUCGAUACUGGCUCGAGCCUUGGAGUAUACACUCAAGUAUUGGCUCAAAUCGUUUACUAGAGAUCAGUUUAAGCUUCAAGGCCGUACCGCUCAGCUUUCUAAUUUAGACAUUAAUGGUGAGGCUAUACAUGCCAGUAUGGGUUUGCCACCAGCUCUUAGUGUGACCACUGCCAAAGUUGGAAAAUUGGAAAUCAUGCUUCCAUAUGUCAGUAACGUACAAACGGAACCCGUUGUUGUGCAAAUCGAUAAACUUGAUCUUGUUCUUGAAGAAAAUCCUGAUGCUGAUGUGACAAAGGGUCCAAGCUGUAGUCAGUCUCCUACCGCCGCAAAAAGUAACGGUUAUGGAUUUGCUGACAAGAUUGCAGAUGGAAUGACUUUACAAGUUAAGGUGGUCAAUCUUCUUCUUGAAACUGGAGGUGGUGCCCACCGUGAAGGAGGGGCAGCCUGGGCUGCUCCGCUGGCAUCUAUUACAAUUCGUAACCUUGUUCUGUACACCACUAAUGAGAGUUGGAAGGUUGUAAAUCUGAAAGAAGCAAGGGACUUCUCUACUAACACAGGAUUUAUUUAUUUGUUUAAGAAACUUGAAUGGGAAGCUUUAUCAAUUGAUCUUCUACCACACCCUGAUAUGUUCACUGAAGCUAAUUUAGCCCGGUCUGAAGAAGCAAAUCUCAGAGAUGAUGAUGGUGCAAAACGAGUAUUCUUUGGUGGAGAACGCUUUUUAGAUGGAAUAUCUGGCCAAGCAUAUAUCACAGUUCAGAGAACAGCACUAAACAGUCCACUUGGGCUUGAAGUCCAGUUGCACAUUCCAGAAGCUGUUUGUCCAGCCUUAAGUGAACCAGGGUUGCGCGCUCUUCUCCGCUUUCUAACUGGAAUGUACUUAUGCCUUAACCGAGGAGAUGUGGAUCCAAAAUCUCAGCAGUCUGCCGAAGCAGCAGGACGUUCUCUUGUCUCCGUUCUUGUGGACCAUGUAUUUCUUUGCAUUAAAGAUGCUGAAUUCCAACUGGAACUACUAAUGCAAUCACUUCUUUUUUCUCGGGCCUGUGUUUCGGACGGAGAAUCAGCUAACUAUUUGACUAAGAUUUUGAUUGUUGGGCUAUUUUUAAGGGAUGCCUUUUCGCGCGCUCCUUGUGCUCUAGUCCAACCAUCCAUGAAAACUGCUGCCGAAGACCUUGCAAUUCCCGAGUUUGCCAAGAAUUUUUGCCCUCUCAUAUAUCCAUUGGACAGCGGCCCGUGGCAAAUAGUUCAGGAUGUACCCUUGAUCUCCCUACACUCUCUUCAGGUCAAGCCAUCCCCAAAACCUCCACACUUUUUCUCAAAGACAGUUAUCCAGUGCCAACCACUCAUGGUUCAUCUUCAGGAAGAAGCUUGUUUAAGAAUUUCUUCUUUUCUGGCUGAUGGCAUUGUUGUAAAUCCCGGUGAUGUUUUGCCUGAUAACUCUGUUAACUCUCUUCUUUUCACGCUCAAGGAGUUAGAUGUCUCUGUUCCAUUAGACAUGAGUAACUUGGAAGAUUCAGCAAUCAAAGAAGACCUUUCCGUAAAAAAAUCCUUCGUUGGAGCGAGGCUUCAUAUUGAGAAUUUAUCUUUUGCAGAGUCACCUACCCUUAAAGUUCGGCUUCUAAACCUGGAGAAGGAUCCUGCUUGCUUCUGUCUUUGGCCAGGACAGCCUAUUGAUGCCAGCCAAAAGAAAUGGACAGCUGGAGCCUCACAUUUUAGUUUGGCUUUGGAAACAUCUCCCAACUCAACUGAACUUCAGAGCCCUCAUGGUCCGGAAAUGGGUUUGUGGAAUUGUGUUGAAGGAAAAGACGUGUCUAUAGAAGUUGCUAUGGUAUCUGCGGAUGGAAAGCCACUGAUAACAAUUCCUCCUCCUGGUGGUAUUGUACGCAUUGGAGUUGCUUGUGAGCAAUAUAUCUCGCGUGCUUCAGUGGAGCAGUUAUUUUUUGUUCUGGACCUCUAUUCUUACUUUGGUAAGGUCAGUGAAAAGAUUUCAAUUGUUAAAGAAAGCAAACGCCAGAAUACUGUUUCUUUGACUGGAGGGUUGUUGGAGAAGGUUCCCAGUGAUACUGCUGUAAAAUUGGCUUUGAAGGAUUUGCAGCUUAAGUUUCUGGAGUCUUCCUUUACUAGUACACAAGACAUGCCACUCGUUCAGUUUCUUGGCAAAGAUCUUUCUGUGAAGGUAACUCAUAGAACCCUUGGUGGUGCUGUUGCAGUAUCCUCCAACAUAUACUGGGAAAAUAUUGAGGUAGAUUGUGUAGAUACCGACUUACAACAUGAACAUGAGAAUAGCUGGAAUGGUCACUUAGUUAGCUGUAAUGGGUCUACCCCACUGAGGCGCGUCUUUUGGGUUGUCAACGGCAGACAUGAUGGGCAUAGCGGCAGCACUGUUAUGACACCUUUUCUGGACAUAAGCAUAACACAUGUGAUUCCCCUCAGUGAAAAGGAUAUGGAAUGCCACAGUGUAAGCAUUGUGGCUUGUAUUUCAGGUGUACGCCUAGGAGGUGGAAUGAGCUAUGCUGAAGCUCUAUUACAACGAUUCGGAAUUCUGAAUCUUGUUGGUGGUCCAGGAGAGGGUCUGUCUAGAGGAUUAGAGCAUUUAUCUUCUGGACCUUUGUCAAAACUUUUCAAAUCAUCUAUAGUUGAUGACAGGAAAAAGGAUGGAACUCCAGGAAACUGGAACGGCGAUGGUUUCCCACAUUUGAAAAGGCCAGAUGACAUUGAUGUCUCUAUUGAGUUAAGAGACUGGUUGUUUGCUUUGGAGGGCAGAGAAGGUGUUGGCACAGGAAUUCUGAAUGAUGAAGAUAUUGGAAGAGAAGAGAGGUGUUGGCACACUAAUUUUCGUACUUUCCGAGUAAUAGCCAAGAGUACACCGAAGAAUGUGGAUCCAAAUGGGACAGAAAACCAGUAUGAUGCUCACAAGUAUCCUGUGGACUCAAUUAUUGUCAGUGUCGAAGGUCUACAGACAGUGAAGCCUCAAAUGCAGAAAGGGACCGAUUCUUGUAAUGGUUUGCCUACAAAUGGAGUUCACGAAAACGGUCACAUGCAUGGAGGGGUUAACAUUGAAGCUAAUAUUGUGGCAUCCGAAGACAAAUCUGUUCGUGACGACUCAUUGAACUGGGUGGCAGAAAGUCUGAAAUUCUCUGUUAAGCAACCUGUUGAGGCAAUUGUUACAAAGGAUGAGCUGCAACAUUUGACAUUCUUGUGCAAAUCUGAAGUUGACGCAAUGGGAAGGAUAGUUGCAGGGGUUUUACGUGUGCUGAAACUUGAAGAAUCUAUUGGCCAGGCGACUCUAAAUCAACUAAGUAACCUUGGAAGUGAAGGUUUUGACAAAAUGUUCUCUCCAAAAGCAAGCAGAGCAGGAAGUCCCAAAAGCUCACCUUUUGCUGCAUCAUCAGAUUCGAUGAGAGAAAUUGCUUUACGUACAAACCUCGAAUCUACCAUUUCGUCCAUUGAAGAAGCCUCAAUGGAGUUAGAGGCCAAGUGUUCAGCUCUAGCUCUCAAGUUAUGCAGCUACCAAAACGUCAAGAAACAACUUUUGUUGAUCCAUGGGAAUUCGGUGACAAAUGGGUUCGGCUCCAAUCUCCAGUUGAACGACAUGUUGAUAGAUUUGUACUUAAAACAGGGAGAUGUGAAACAUGCACGUAAACUGUUCGAUAGAAUUCCUAAGAGAGAUGUGGUUUCUUGGACAGCUAUGAUCUCGAGGUUUUCUCGAUGUGGAUAUCACCGGGACGCGUUGUUGUUGUUCAAACAGAUGCACCGGGAAGAUGUUAGGGCUAAUCAGUUCACUUACGGGAGUGUGUUGAAGUCGUGUAAAGAUUUGGUAUGUCUUAAAGAAGGAAUGCAGAUACAAGGUUGUUUGGAGAAAGGGACAUUUGCAGGGAACUUAAUUGUGAGGAGUGCAUUGCUUUCUCUUUAUGCCAGGUGUGGAAAGAUGGAGGAAGCUCGUCUUCAGUUUGAUUCAAUGAAAGAAAGGGAUUUGGUUUCUUGGAAUGCAAUGAUCGAUGGAUACACCGCCAAUGCUUGUGCAGAUACUUCGUUUAGUCUGUUUCAGUUUAUGUUCGCGGAAGGGAAGAAGCCUGACUGCUUCACCUUUGGAAGCCUCUUGAGAGCUUCUAUUGUAGUUAAGUGUCUUGAACUAGUCUGUGAAUUACAUGGAUUAGCGAUCAAGCUGGGGUAUGGAAGAUCAAGUGCACUGAUUAGAUCUCUGGUUGAUGCAUAUGUGAAGUGUGGUAGCAUUGCCAAUGCUUGGAAACUGCACGAGGACACAACGAAAAGAGACUUAAUAUCUUGCACUGCUCUAAUUACAGGUUUUGCACAGCAGAACAUCUGCAGAAGUGAUGCCUUUGAUAUCUUCAAAGAGAUGAUACUGAUGAAAACAAAGAUGGACGAGGUUAUAGUAUCUUCAAUGCUUAAAAUAUGCACCACUGUUGCAUCGGUAACCAUUGGAAGACAGAUCCAUGGUUUUGCCUUAAAAUCUUCCCAAAUCAGAUUUGAUGUUGCUUUGGGUAACUCGCUGAUAGAUAUGUAUGCAAAGUCUGGGGAAAUCGAGGAUGCAGUCCUUGCUUUCGAAGAGAUGAAACAGAAAGAUGUGAGAUCAUGGACCUCUUUGAUUGCAGGAUAUGGAAGACAUGGGAAUUUUGAGAAAGCAAUUGAUCUUUAUAACAGAAUGGAGCAUGAAGGGAUCAAACCGAAUGACGUUACAUUUCUCUCUCUCCUCUCUGCUUGUAGCCAUACAGGACAAACUGAACUUGGCUGGAAGAUUUUCGACACAAUGAUCAACAAGCACGGUAUCAAAGCUCGAGAAGAGCACUUAUCUUGCAUCAUAGAUAUGCUUGCGCGCAGUGGCUACUUGGACGAAGCUUAUGAACUGAUAAGAAGUAAAGAGGGUAUUAUAAGUCUUAGCUCAUCAACAUGGGGAGCUUUUUUUGAUGCAUGCAGGCGUCAUGGGAACGUGCAGCUCAGUAAAGUAGCAGCCGCGCAGCUUCUGAGUGUGGAACCGAAGAAAUCAGUCAAUUAUAUCAAUUUGGCCAGUGUACAUGCAGCUAAUGGAGCAUGGGAUAGUGCUUUGAAGACCAGACAGCUUAUGAAAGAGAGUGGUUCCUGCAAUAAAGCUCCAGGAUACAGCCUUGUGUAUUAAACAGAAGGGAAUAAGACAAAAUCUCCACA